AUGCCAAUCACUUCUGGAGCCCCCGCCCACGGCGACCCAGCACAUCUGCUGCCACCAUCCUGGACCAGCAUCAUCACCGCCUGGCUAGCUGAAGACACUCCCUCCUUCGACUAUGGCGGUUUCGUCGUAGGCGCUGCACCCGCUACUGCCCGCUUGCUCGCAAAGUCUCCUGGUAUCCUUGCUGGUGUGCCCUUUGUGGAUGAGAUCUUCAAGCAACUGGAGUGUAAGGUGGAGUGGUUGGUCAAGGAAGGCGAUCUCGUGGGCCAGAAUGGAAAGCAGCAUGUAGCCACUGUUACGGGGCCUACGCGGAACCUUUUGCUCGGCGAGAGAGUAGCUUUGAAUGUGGUUGCUAGGUGUUCGGGCAUUGCGACAAAAUCCCAAUCCCUCCUUACCCUCCUCCGCAACGCCGGCUACAAAAACACCCUCGCUGGUACCAGAAAGACCACCCCCGGUUUCCGUCUUGUCGAAAAGUACGGCAUGAUUGUUGGAGGCUGCGACCCCCACCGUCAAGAUCUAUCAACCAUGACCAUGCUCAAAGACAACCACAUCUGGGCCUGCAACAACAACAUCGCCACCGCUGUCUCUGCCGCAAAAGCCGCCGGCGGUUUCGCCAUCAAAGUAGAAGUGGAAUGUCAAUCCCUCAACGAAGCAGAGCAAGCAUGCGACGCAGGUGCCGAUGUAGUCAUGCUGGACAACUUCACACCCGAAGAAAUGAAGAAAGCAGCAAGAAGCCUGAAAGAGAAAUAUGGUAGUGGACCUAGAGGGCCUUUGGUGGAGGUCAGCGGUGGCUUGACCGAGGACAAUGUAAGUGAUUAUGUUAGUGAUGAUGUGGAUGUUAUUUCUUCGAGUAGUAUCCAUCAGGGUACCAAGCAUGUGGAUUUCUCGCUCAAGAUUGUGCCUAAGGGUCAAGAAGCCAAGGAUGGCAAGGGAGAGAGCACUGCUACUUAA